AUGUUGAGUGCCACAUUCUGUGUGCUCCGUGUAAGACGUGUUUUUGGCCUUGUAUUCUUUUUUUUUUGUUGUUGUUGUUGUUUCUGUUCCCUCUUUCCCUUUUUAUGCGCGUAUGCCAUCCAAAGCUGUUCACGCUGUGAGAUGGGUGUCUUCAACAGGGACAGGGUGGAGGUUGAACUCACUUUGCACGGGGGUGGGGCAGCUUACAUCCCUGGGAGUACUCUCUCUGGAGUUGUGAAGGUGUUUGUGAGGAAGAAGGUUUUGUGUCGGGGCGUCCGUUUAAACAUCCGGGGCGAGGAGUAUGCCAAAGUCCACUGCGGCGGCGUGGUACGACAAGACACACACAUCCACUACGACAGAAUGUACACACUUGCCAGGGAUGUAUCUAAUAAUAAUGGCGCGUUAGAUUCUCCUCCACUUCUUUUUCCUGACUCGGACGAUGAUGUGGAGGCGGAUAUGCGUAAGGCCGAUGUGUUGCUUCCAGGGACAUACACACACAUGUUUGAGUUGAUUUUACCAGUCUUUUUGCCUCCCAGUUUUGACGUGCGAGAUUCUCGUGGUGUCUCGGAGGUGCGCACGACAUACACAGCAAAGGUUUCUGUUGAUAUUACUAGUGGUUUUGAUGUAAAAUGUAUUCGCAAAUUCUAUGUCCUUUCUGCCAUUCCCGAGAUGCAGCGGCGGCAAUGGAUGGAGGGAAGAAUGAAGGCAGCACUGGUCUCGUAUGCGGAGCUGCCCCAAUACCACGUCAUGGAACGUUUCUUAUGCGCCCGCCAGGGGAGAUUUGUCCUCACGGAGGUGGCUAUUAGCCCCACCGUGGUUCUCAUGGAAGAUUGCGUGGGGUUGGCAAAUUCCUAUGGCGAUAAUGGCGAAAUACGAGUUGACGUCAGGGUUUUUAACGACACUCAAGCCGUUUUGAAGACUGUGCGUGUGCAAAUUAAAAAUGUUGUUGAAAUGAGGGUGCAGGAUGUCAAGUGCGUUCGUCGUGUGAAUCUCGGAGAACCAUUCAUAUUUUCAGAGAUUAUUCAUCCCGGUGAGGAACGUUCGUUUGUGGCUUCUAUUCGGCCGCCACUUUUUUUUCCGUACUCCUCCCUUGAGCCGCACGAGAACGAUUCAGUUGAUUUUAAUCGCUACACCUUCCUUCCUUUAAUACCACCACGAAAACAAAAGCAGUACAUUUUGUACCAUCAACCACUCAUGAACAUGGUGACGAGUUUUGUCGAUAGCCGAUGUGUUGUUUUGGUAGAUUUCCCUGGGGUGAAUGCAAAAGGCACCAUUAAGGCAGAUAAUGUAUUGAUUUUGGCUAUGACGGUUGACGGAAACAAUCGCGCUCGACCAAUUCCUUGUGAAUAUGACAAGUUGUCACCCAUUAGCGGGGUAAUAUUCAACAACACGUAUUCAAGUCAACUCCAUCAAUACGACCACGACAGGGACUCAGAUGAAAUGCGUUCCGAGUCCCCAUGGAAUUACCGUCACGUAAAGGAUCGAACAGGCAUCUUCCCUGCCUACACGGCUGGAAACUGGAAUCCCGGGAAAGAGGCGUUAACUUGA